UAUCUCUCCAGAGGUGACUUCUGUGGUAUCCUCCAGGGAAGAUUUCUGUCAAGUCCACUCUGCCUUCACCAUGGCCGCGAGAACCAUUAUCAUUGACCACGGGUCCGGCUUCCUGAAGGCUGGCUUGUCUGGGUGGAACGAGCCCCAGAUGGUCUUCCCGAGCAUCGUGAACUACAUCCCGUGCAGGGAGAACCCCGGCCCCAGCUACGCCCAAAGGCGCGUGAGCCUGGGCAUCGAUAUUUGCCAUCCUGAUACCUUUAGCUACCCCGUCCAGCGUGGCCGUGUCCUCAACUGGGAGGGCGUGGAGCACAUCUGGUCGUUUGUCCUGGAGAAACAUAGGCGGGAGCACGAAGAUUCGCCCGUGAUGGUCACAGAGUGCCCUCUGAGGGAGCCUGCGGACCGACAGAAGACCCUGGAGAUUCUGUUAGAGUUGCUGGAUGUGCCGUCCAUCCUCCUGGCCGACCAGCUGGAGAUGUCCCUGUACGCGUCCGGCCUCCUGACCGGCGUGGUGGUCGAUUCCGGCUACGGCCUGACCCGCGUGCAGCCUUUCCACCUGGGCCGCCCGUUGCAGCCCAGCGGCAAGACGCUGGAGUUCGCGGGCCAGGAUCUGUCGGCCUAUCUCUUCAAGAGCCUCUUCAAGGAGGACUGCGACCGCCACAACCUGUUCCAGCUGGAAACGGUGGCCACCACGCAGAUGAGCAAGUGCUACGUGCCGCAGAACCUGGCGGAGGCGCUGGACUUCCGCCAGAGCCUGCCGAGCGGCUCCGACGACAGCAACGCCUACCAGCUCCCCGACGGCACCAGCGUGGAGCUCACCCCCAUGCAGCGGCUGGCCCCCGAGAUGUUCUUCAGCCCCCAGGUCUUCGACCUGCAAGGGCCCGGCAUCUCCCAGGCCGUGGUGGAUGCCAUCCUGGCCUGCGAGGCGUCCUUGCACCCGCUGCUCACCUCCCACGUGAUGGCCUGCGGGGGCAACACCCUCUACCCCGGCUUCACCAAGCGCCUGUACAAGGAGCUCAUGGCCGAUCACUUCUCCUCCUCCAAGGCCACCAUGUGGGUGGGGUCCAACCGAAACUUCAGCGUCUGGCUGGGAGCGUCUGUCGUGGCCCAUCUGUCUACUUACAAGUCCGAGUGGAUGACCAAGGAGGAGUAUGAAGAGAGCCUCAGGCUGUGACCGGCGGGCGGGGCUCCUGGGACCCGCCCCGCCCCGUGGGUUAGAGGCGAUUAAUUUCAAGGCCGGGGCCUGGGCAGGGCUGGGGUUAGCUGGUUUUAGAAUCCUGAGUUCAGGAGGGUUUUUCUGUUUUAGGUACUAGAGUUUUAUCUUGUUUCGAGAGUGGGAUCCAGCCCAUCGCAGGACAGGGGGUCGGCCCUGGAAGACUUCCAGAGGUGGUUUCUCCAGGGGGUGUCCUUUGGAGGGAGCGGUCACUUGCCGUCUGUCACAGCCACUUAAUUUUUCACUGGCAACUCCCUUGGGCUGUCCUGCUCUCAGUUCGGUAGGUUUUAACGGGGGCAAGAGAGCUGGGGCCUUGGGCUGGGGUCCCAGUUAUUUUUGACGAGGAGAUGGGGUGGAGUGGGAGAGGUGAAGUCUCUAGUCUUUCUCGUUCUUUCUGGCCACGGAGGCACUGCUGCCCGUGAGCCGCAGGGCCCUCCCUCCCGUGGCCUGGGUUUUGUUUUA